AUGUCUCAAGAAGAAACUUAUCAUCAUAAUAUCAGCCGUCAUCGUCGUGGUCGUGGUCGUGGUUUGAAUGAAAAAUUUCUAAUUCGUUCAAAAUUAGAAAUGACAAUUUAUAAACAAUUAUUAAUGUCAUCAUCAUUGGGUUUAAUCACGGCAUUUAGUGUUGGUUGGAUUAUAUUCACAACGAUUAAUUUAUUAUUUAUAACCGAACGUGAACAUCAACAUCGACAACAACCAAAUACAAUGCAUUAUAAUAUUGGCUAUUAUUUAGUCACAUGUAUUUAUUCAUUAUGUUUAUCAUUAUUUUUAUUUACAUCAAUAAGAUCAUCAUUUACAAAUCGACCAAUAACUAAAUCUUCAUUAUUGAAUAUAACAAACAAUGAUGAUGAUAAUGAUGAUACUGAUGAUGAACAAUCAUCGAUUGUAGCAAAAUCAUCAACCGUACGAUUAUCACAAUCGUUAUGGAUAAUAUUCAUUAUUGAAAUGUUAUUGUUCACAAGAAAUUUGUUUACAUUUAUGGAACGAAAACAUUUAUCCACUAUUCAUCAUCAUCAUCAUCACCAACAUCAUCGUUAUGGUAACGACGGCGACGACGACGACUUUGGCCAUAAACAUCAAAAUGAAAAAUAUAUGGAACUAUGGUUCUAUACAUUGGUUUCAUUGAUUAAAAUGUUAUUAUCACGUUUUGUAAUCUAUAUAAUUGAUGAUACGGUUAAAAAAAUUGAUUGGGAUAUUGGCGAUCCCGAUAUAAUCGAUUAUUGAAAAUUUGUACGUCAUCUGUGUAUGUGUGUGUGUGUGUGUCUGUACACGAAAAAGUUACAAUACCGGAAUUCGAAUAUAUCACUCACACACACACAAACAUUGGCCCUUUUUUCUUUUUCUUUUUUUAUUUUGAUGAUGAAUUGAGAAAAAAAAGAGAAAAAUCAUUUUUUAAAAACACAAUUCCAUUUCCGUCUUUAACUGGUUUCUCUCAAUUUUCGCUGCUGCUAAAUUGAAAUUUGACUACGCAACUGAAAAAAAACUUGCUUUCUGCGUCCAUGUUUGGACAAGCAAAAAAAAAAACAUUGUUGACGACGAUGACGACGACGACGACGAUAAUGAUCAUUACACACUAAUCAUUGACCUGGGUUGUCUCUUUCGUAAAAUUUUACUUUUCACAAUCAUACAGUUAUAAUAAUUUUUUCAGACAAAUCGACAUGAAUGACUGAAAUUGUCGUAAAAAAUGAGGUCAAAUUUUACUUCAUGGAAAAAAACAAAUCAAUGAAUACAGUCUGCAAAUGAUUCAUUGAAAAGGGCCGGCUUUUCAUGGAACAGAAGAGAGAAGGAUUAUAUUAAGAAUUGAUGUCAAAUCGUCCAAUUUCAAUCAUCUGUGUGUGUGUGUGUGUGUGUGCACAAUAUUACAUUGGCCAAAUGCAAUAUAUGUAAAAAAAAAAUCUACCCUUCACACACAUCAUGCACACAAUAUAUAGCCAGAGAAUGUCCUUGAAAAAACAAAACAACAACAACAACCAGUACAUUUAUGAAAAAUGUU